CACUCACUCAUUGCCCCCUUCCCAGCUUCAAGCCAAUCCACAUCUCGGUCCUCAUCUCCCAGAGCCUGGCUGGGACACCGAGUGAUGGCUGCUCUCCGCACAGGAAUGGACGCAACUGAAGAACUCAACGACGAUGCGGCUUUCUAUGCGCCUGCAUACCAGACAGAAGGAUCUGGCCCUUCACCAACUUCGCGCACCUCAGUUCAGAAGGUUUUGUCAGUUAUAUCCCAGUUUACUGAGUAUAAGAAAUUUCUUGUUGAACAGACUGGGUUUGCUGGCAUACUAAAGUUGCCACAGAUUACUAGGCUGAACCUUAGAUUUAGCAAAUGGCUCCUGCAGAAAAUAGAUGUAGGCAACACAUCAAUAGUUUUUGGUGAAAAUCCAACUAGGCAGAUAAGGUUCUUUGCCGCUGAUGUCCACAAGGUUUUUGGUAUACCAUGUGGACCACGCGAUAUCCACGCACCUGAAUCACAAUGCUCUCCCAACACUAUUGAAUUCAUUAGAACUGCUCUUGGGAUGAAUGACAAGGGUAACCAGAUUCUGAAGGUCUCUGAAAGUGUUAUAGCUAGGCCGCUGGACGAGCACACAUCCAGCAACCUAGAGAAAGAUUGUUUUAAAAUUGCAUUUGUCAUUUUUUUGAUGGGACACUUGCUUGCACCAUCCACCAAGCACGACAACAGAUCAAUAGACUUCUGGGGUGCACUAGCCAAUACAGACAACAUCCAAGAUUUCAACUGGUGUGAGUAUGUCCUGCAAGAUUUGUUCGCCGCCGUCAGAACUGUCAAGGAUGACAUUGCGAAAAACCGCACCAGUACCCACCUAUACGGCUGCCAUCUGUGGGCACAGGUUUUCUACCUCGACAACCUUGAACUAGAAAUUUUUAACCUCCGACAUUCAGUCAUGCCCCGUGUAGCUGCAUUCGACGACACACAGAUGAGGCGAAUGAUACUGCAGUGCUCAACAACAAUAAAUGGUGUGGAGCAAUGGAGUUGUGCAACCGUAAGUUCAAGUUAA